AUGAAUUUCGUGCUACCUAGGAGAUUCACUUUGCCGACCACCCUGACUCCCUAUGACGAGUUGAGUGAUCCGAAGAAAUACAUCAAAAGAUUCACCUCCAUAAUGAUAGUAAAUGGUGCAUUUGAUAAAGUUUUAUGUCGUUACUUUCCAUCUUACUUAGACGGUCUUGGACUUGAUUGGUUUUGUUCUUUGCCUGCAGGUUCUAUUUCUCGCUUUCGAGACCUAUCAAAGCCCUUUGAGGAGCACCUUGCUGGAUCAGCCAUUUACCUACACGACUCCGAUUACCUGAAUACAAUCAGGCAAGACCAGCAAGAAAGCCUCAAAGAUUACAUGACGCAUUUCACAAAGAUAUCCAUGAGCAUACCCGACCUUCACCCCGAGGUAGAACUGCACGCCAUAAAAAGCGGACUGCGACCAGGAAAAUUCCAGAAAACUAUUGUUGUAACCAAACCUAAGACUAUGGCCGAGUUUCGUGAAAAGGCUAAAGGACAGAUCGAUAUCGAAGAACUUCGACAAGCUCGGAAAAUAGAAAAGCCUCACUAUAGAGACAACGACAAAACGCGAGACAACAAGAAGAAUUUCAAACCAACUCCACAAUAUGAGUCCUACACCAAAUUCAAUACCAAGCGCAACGACAUCAUCAAGGAGAUCUUGAAUUCAAAAUUAAUCAAGCCACCAAGAAAAGCUGGCAGUUACCCAGAUUCAAAAGGCAUGAACCGAUUAAAAUACUGCUCCUUCCACCAGAAGCACAGACACACUACCGAUGACUGUGUCAUCGCCAAAGACCUACAGGAGCGACUAGCUCGGCAAGAUCACCUCGACAAAUGCAUCGGAGGUCACAUACAGCGGCGAGCACCCCCUUCUGGAGACCAAAGCUCGGCCACACAGCAUGGCCGAGAUAAAGACCGACCUAACAACAACCAUCCCGAACAACCAACACGUAUAAUUAACUGUAUUUCCGGAGGUUUUGCAAGCGGAGGAGCCACAAGCUCGGCAAGAAAGAGAUCUUAA